AUAUCUCUUUUCUCCUUCAGUGUUCGAUAGAUGUAAUGGAGUUCGGCAAACAACACAGUACAUCAGCUUGGCCAGCACAUCUAGCUCAACAACUCUCCGUCCACUCCUCCACUCGUUUGUCGAAUUAUCUUCUCUGGUAUCAAUCGUGUAUGUUGCACAGAUAUAUCGCUGGGCCGGGAUUCAUAAAGAUUCUAAGAAAAUUCUUAGAUCUCAUACUUAAGUAGUAAAAAAAUUCUUAGCUAAGAAAAAUACUUAAGUAUUAAUUCAUAAAAAUGUUAAGCAUAAUUCUUAACUAAGUUUCAAUCUUAGAAAAAUGAAACACUUAAGUAGAAAUUCUAUGGCGACGCGAACGAUUUCCCGGAAUUUUUACCGCACUCUCCAGCAAAAGAGGUAAAAAGUUGAGGACAGUGAUGUCAACAACAACAUCAUGGAAUCCAAGCAGACGAAAAGAAAGCCUAAUUGGAAUGCUGAUGAAACGCUUGCCUUGGCUUCGUUAGUAGAAGAGAACAAGCAUAUCCUGAGGGGGAAAUUAGGGCCCACUUUAACCUCCGAGAUGAAGCACCGCACUUGGCAAAGUAUUGCCGAAAGACUAGCCGUGAUGGGGGUGGGUCCAGCUAGGACAGCGGUGGAAGUGGAGAAGAAGUGGCACAACGUCUUCUCCAAAUCUAAAUCUGAAAUCUCAGAUCACAGAAGAGUUGUGAAUGGGACAGGCGGGGGCCCACCACCAAAACCUCUCAGCGCAGUUGCCACAACAGUGUGUGGUGUGGUAGGAGAGGAUAAUGCUUGCCUCAGUGGGAUUGAUGGUGGGAUUGACUCCUCUCUCUUGCAGAUAUUAAACAUUGGUGAAGGGAGUCAACCAGUGGGAAUCAAUGUCUUUGAGGGACCUCCUGGUAUGGAUCCCCUCAUUCACAGCUCUAGCCCUCUAGUCGCCGCACCUGUACAAGAGCCUUCACUACCAUUAACAUCCAUGACUACAAGUUUGCAGGCCUCUGAAAAUAGAAGCAGUCAGCCUGAUUUGAAAAGGAGAAUCGAGGAGCUGAUUUGCAGGAAGUUGGAACUGGAAGUCCAGUAUAUGGAAUUAAAGAUUAAAAAACUAAAGCAAGAGGAAUGAAUUUUAUUAGCUCACCUGAGCCGAAGGCUCAAGUGAGCUUUUCUGAUCAAAAUUUGUCCGUUGUAUGUCGUCGUCGUAAACUUUUCACAUUUUCAUCUUCCUCUCAAGAACCACUGGGCCAAUUUCAACCAAACUUGCCACAAAGCAUCCUUAGGUGAAGGGCUUUCAGGUUUGUUCAAAUGAAGGGCCAUGUCCCUUUCAAAGGGGAGACAAUCACAAAAAUGCAAAAAUAGAGUGGGGUCAUUUAAAAAUCUUCUUCUCAAGAACCAUUGGGUCAGAAAAGCUGAAAUUUUCAUGAAAGCUUCCUGACAUAGUGCAGAUUUAAGUUUGUUCAAAUCAUGGCCCCCAGGGAUUGGAUGGGGCCACAAUAAGGGAUCAAAGUUUUACAUACUAAUAUGUAAGAUAAAUCUUUAAAAAUCUUCUCAAGAACCACUGAACUAGAAAAGCUGAGAUUUACAUGAAAGCUUCCUGACAUAAUGCGAUGUGACCCCUGGGCCUCUUGUUUAUAUUUAAAAGCAUUUUAAUUGAUGUACUAUAUGUACAUGUUCUUAUCUCAUCUGAGUGAAAGGUUCAAGUGACCUUUUAAAUCUGAUCAAACUCUGUCCAUUGUCUGUUGGCACACAGUUGGGCCACAUGAAUAGAUCAUUUUUUUUAUACAUGGGAAAUAUUUUGUAAAUCUUUUCAAGAACAACAAGGCCAUGGUUAGUAAUAUUAACAAGCAAGCAAUCUAUUGUAGUGCAGAAUCAUAUAACAGCUGUAGGACCAUCAAGGAACCUGGGUUUAAGGGUGGGCUAGAAUCUAUGAUAAAAUUUUACAAUGAACAUGGAUAUAUUAUAAACAAAGAAUAUUUUUUUUAAAUCCUCUCCAGCAAGAUCAUUAAAUUCAGUUGUCACCCUCUGGGGCUAUAGGUAAAAACUCUAAUUUACCAUACCAUUUGUAAUACCAUUGAAUAUUAACUACAUGUUUUCUUUCUUUCACAUUAAAUAGACAUGUAAAUAUGAUGCCGUAACUGAUAAAACAUUUAGAUUUCAUACUAUUAUUGUAUAUGAUAUCUGAAAGACAUAGAAAUUCAGUAUACUUUACCAGACAUUGUUGUGUUUGUCAUAAUAGAUAUUAAUAAUUAAUAAAUUAAUUUUUUAUGUUUCAUAUUUCAACAUUAAUAAGUAGAUACUCAAUAGAUGAAAUUAAUGAUAUGUGUGUUAAAAUUUUCACUUUCCAUAUAAAGUAGUUGUUGGCUUUUAACUUUUCACAUUUUCAUUUUCCUUACUAGAAUGACUAGGCCAAUUUCAACCAAACUUGGCACAAUACAUCCUUGGGCAUUUUCCCCCUCAAGAACCCCAUAGCUAAAUUGCAUGGUCAAAAUGUAAUACAUUUGUAAGACAGUGUGGUGUUUUUCUAAGUAGAUAUAUUAUUUCAUUACUAUAUGAAACAUAUUAUUUAAAAAAGCUGUAAUUUAAGUAGCUCAUAAAGAUCUUGUUUUCUUGUGAGCUCUAUAAAUCAGUAUGGUAAAAUCUGAUUGGUUUGGUUAUUUAAAAAAAUUGGUUGUUGUACACAUGAUAAAUCACAUGAAUACAACAAUCAAGUUAUAUAUGUUAAUAUUGAUAUCAUUAUGUGUAGAGAGAGAAGGGGGGGGGGGGGCAUGUUUUAAGUAUGAUCAAUUGUUAUUUGAGAAGCAUAAUAUCUUGGAUGCGAAUUACAAAAAAAAUAUCAUUCAGAAUACUUCUAUAGUAAAUCCCCAUUGUAGGCAUUAAUUGUUAAUAUUAAAUUAAGCAAAAAAAACAAAACAACAACAACAAAAAAAACCACUGCCGGGAAUGACAAAACUUUCAUAAAAGCAUGUUUCAUAUGAAUUAUUGUAGUAAAAAAAAUCUUCCACCCGCCCCAAUAGUCAAUGCUCAUCUAUUUUCAAAUUGUUAAAAAAGAAGAAGAAAAGAAAAGAAAAUUCCCCACAUCUCGUUAUGCUAUAUGUUUAUAUCGAAAUAAUUUCUAAGUUUGAAUUUUAUGUUUAAAAAAAUAUUGGAUAUCAAUAUAUAUUCUGGUACUGUGUUACCUGAGUAUGUGAUAGUCAGGUGCAUGUGACAUGUACCACCCUCCCCCUUUUAUUUACAAAAUAAUUAAUAAUGUACCCUUUAUUUACAUGUCAGUGAAAUAUAACAAUCAAAGUAGAUAUAUAUUUUAUUAUUUUAUAGAUUACAUGCAAGAAAAGGAAUUUAAAUUCUAAGAAUUGCAAUAAUCAAAAAGAGUCAAAGCUGAAAUUGCACAGUCUAAAGAAUUGACAGCUGUUUACAUCACAUUUAUGUGACAUUAUAUUCUAAAUUUGACGUUACCUAACUAAUAUUAUCCAUAUCCAUGAUGCAGUGUCUGCAUUUGAUUUCAAUUCAUGAAAGUGCCAGUAUAUAUAUUUUAUAAUUUAUAUGUUGAAACACUUUUACAUUCUUAUUUUGUCAAUCUCACAAGUUCCCCCCCCCCCCAUUUUUUAAACAAUACAUGCAAGAAAAAGGAGAAAAUUUACAAUAAAUGUAAAUUGGAAUAAUAAUACUAAUACUACUAAUAGUAAUAAAACCAAAUAUUGAAGUGGUUUUUAUUUAGUUUCAUGUUUACACCCCUCCAUUUGGAAACUGUUGGAUCCACCCGAUUGUUUCUCAAAUAGGGGGCGCUAAGUUUCGAACUAAUUUUACACCAAUCAGAAUUUGUUUAUACCAAGAGGGAAAUAUGGAUGUGAGAAAAGCAAAGACUCGUUUAUCAUGUUUAUUUAGAAUAUUUAAAGGUGUGCAUGUGUCUUGUGUAUGAAAGAUUUUAAAUCUUUACCUGUUGUAAUUCAACUGCGAUGGUUGGUUUGGUCUCAGAAAAGGAGUCAAUAACCAACGUUUGGAGGGAUAUCCGCUGUCGCCAAGCAAAUGUGUGUGAAUGGGGAUGUGAUUAUUUUCGAACAGGACUCUCAAACCACUUUCGUUAAGGAUUCGGGAAUCGUGAGUGGAGCCUGGCCAUUUAGCAACAACAUCAAUGAUUCUAUAUUUUGCAUCAAAAACAACUUGUGUGUUAAUACUGUGGUAGUUAUGUCUAUUGACGUAUUCAUUUUCAUACUCGUGUGGUGCAAUUAUUUGAAUGUGGGUACCAUCGAUGGCGCCUACUAUCCCUGGGAAGCCCGCGAUUGCGUGAAAAGACUCUUGGUUUCUUCUAAUCUCUGCUGCGCUAGAUGGAAAUUGUACAAACCGACUGAUCAUAAGAGGGGAGGUAAGGCUUGCCAGUGUUACGGUAAUGGCCCGUGAGACAGUUGGUUGAGAAACACCCAUGUCAUCGCCGUUGCACAGCUGCAUUUUGCCCGUAGCUAGAAACCUCAAAGUAAGAAGAACUUUCUGAAGAGAGGAUAAUGCCAUAUUACGCCGAGAGCCACUAGAUAUUUGAUCACGAAUAAGUGAUUCCACAAAAAGGAUUCCACCUGAAUCAAGCCGAAAACGUUCGAUAAGUUCACGAUCACUGUACUGCUGUAAACAGUCUUUUCUCUCUCUAAAAUUCCUUCUGUGAACUAUGUUGGGAGCCAUUUUAUUUGUGAACUUAAGAAAUUCUGAAAACUUAAGUCUGCUACAGACUACACUUACUUUUAAGAAUUGUUUAAGAAUUUUCUAAGAAUUAAGUUGUUUUAUGAAUAAAACUUAAGAUAAAUACUCA